AUGAAGAAUGUCGAAACUGCUUACGACAUCAUGGAACAACUCCAAGAAAUAUUUGGGCACAAGUCAGCGAAAGCUAGUUUUGAGGCUACCAAGAAAUAUGUGAACUAUAAGAUGGCACCUGACCAACAUGUUCGUGAUCAUUUUAUUAACAUGAAGAACUACUUCCAAGAAGCUGAACUACAUGGAGCAAAAGUAGAUGAGAAGAGUCAACUAUUUAAUGAGCUCCUGAUGUAUGAAGGAAAAAAUGGUGGACCGAGUAAAGGACCUGAGAAGAAGACUCUCACUACUAGGGGUGCUCAGGGUGAGGCUAACCUAGCCUCAUCCUCGAAGAGCAAGAAGAGAAAAGCAAGGAAGGAGAAGAAGAAGGGUAAGAAGAAAGAAACUGGAAAGGCAUUGCCAACUAAAAAGCUUGCUGGAGCAAAGCCAACUAGCAACAAGGCUAAAGGAUAG